AUGGCUUGUUGUUGUAAAGCACAGGGUAAAUCAAAUAAAUCUUCGGCGAGUUGUUUGGGCCGCUGCGAUCUGCCGAAGCACAGAUGCUUAGAUAGAGAAGAAAUAAAACCAGGACCCGUGCCAAAACACAUGGGAUGGCUGUACACCGCCAGAGAUGCCCCUGAACACCAAUUGAGAUGCGGCUGGCGACCUGGUCACAUCUCCUGCCCGGUUCUCAGAAAAAUUGAGGCGCACAAUUGCAUUAAAAGCGAGUGCACCCCUUCACCUUCAAUAUGUUGUCGAGCGACAUGUUCCAAACCAUGUUGUUUGCCUCCCAAAUGCGUUACUGUCUGUCCAUCGACGCUAUCUUGCUGCAAACAAUCUCCAUGUGGACAAGCUCUCAUAAGAAUCGUCAGACAUGGUGGAAAUUACAGUAUCGUCACCAAACCCUCUAACAUUAGCAACGCGCCCUCAGGGCCUUACCCACUGAAGUAUGUUUUAAACGUUGAUGAUGAAGUACCUGGUACAGGUCCGAAUCCUCCACCAGCAGCUAAAUACAGCGUGGAAGCAAAGUUUAAUGACUAUCAUUUCGAUUAUACUAGUUCGCAAUCAUCUUUUAUACUAGAUUUCUCACCACCUGAACAACGGUGCUUUAAGCCUUGUCCGAAAAGAAGCAUAAUGUGUAUGUUAUGCAGGACAGAUAAAUGA